UUUAUACCUUCAAACAAUAGAAAUUUUAUUGUUCAGUUAAAUAUAUGAAGUUAGUGCAUCCAACAAUUCAAUACCAAGAAUGUUGGGAGGAGGGGUUGCAUAUGUUCCCAUACUAGCGUGUGAUGAGGAAGGGGGUAAGAAGGCAGACUGGAGAAGGGGGAUUAUCGGAAGGAUUCAAGCUCCCUUUUCAUACGGAACCUUCUUUCCUGACAAGCAGGUUGAAGAAGGAAGUAUGGAUGUAGGGUUAUCUAUCUACGCCUUUCUGAAUUUUAUCUCAAAUAAUGACCCGGCUGGUCUGCAGCAGUUCCUACAGAACAAUCAUGUAGAGGUGGAUGAUGAGGAUGAGGAUGGAUGGACUGGUUUAAUCCAUGCUGUAGUUCAAGGAAAUAUAGAGGUUGUCAAGGUUUUUCUAGAGAGCGGAGCAGAUGUAAACAAACCUGAUUCAUCUUCCUCUUCCCCCAUACUUCAUGCUGUUAAACAACAAGAUAAGAUAAGGUUAAUAACUGCUCCCCCAUACUUCAUGCUGUUAAACAACAAGAUAAGUGAUGAUGAAUUCUGGAAUCCAUUACUAGUCGCCUCUUAUCUAGGAAAUACAGACAUUGUAAAAAUACUUCUAGAUGGUAAUCCUGACGUAAAUUGUAGAGGUAAACACCACUGUACCUCCUUAGUGUGGAGUUCUGGACGGGGAUACUCUAGUAUAGUUAAACUACUGCUGGAGAAGAAAGCUAAACCUGAGAUAGGAGAUAGGUAUGGAACUACGCCGCUGGUUUGGGCGUGUCGAGGCGGACACGUCUCAGUAGUUAAUUUACUGCUUGAGGCGGGGGCUAGGGUGGAGACGGCGGGUAUGUACUCCUGGACACCUCUCUCAGAAGCUGCAAAGGGAAACCAUCUGAAGAUUGUUUCUAUACUCCUCAGGACCCAGCAGAAUGUGAAUGUGACGGAUCAGAGCGGACAAACUGCGCUUUCACACGCCUGUAAACAGGGGAAUCUAGAGGUCGUCCAUCAACUUCUAGCAGCAGGAGCUUAUGUAAACCUACAGGAUAGAUAUGGGGAUACAAACUUGAUCCUGGCUGCUAAGGGUGGACACAAAACUGUAGUGGAGGCUCUGCUCAAGAAAUAUGCUGAAGUUAAUACAAAGUUUCAGAUUUUAAUAUCUGCGAAUGCAGAUAUUGAGGCUCAGUGCGAUCAAGGGUUGAGUCCUCUAAUACGAGCUGUAAAGAAUAGAAACCUUGGAAUGGUUCAACUUCUCAUUGAGAAGAAAGCUAAGAUAACAACAACUGAUCAGUGUGGUGACUCUGCUCUACAUAUUGCUAUGAGAGCUAGAUCACGAGGAAUUGUUGAAACCCUGCUCAGAUUUAGUUUGGUGUUCGGGGCCCGUAAGUUGAACACGAAUGAUGAUUCUGAAAGUAUGCUGGGAUAUGAUCUGUAUGGAUCAGCUCUAGCUGAUAUACUAACAGAACCGUCACUAUCUAUGCCAAUAACAGUCGGACUCUACGCAAAGUGGGGAAGCGGGAAAAGUUUUCUUUUGAAAAAUUUGAGAAAGGAGUUGAAUAGUUUCUCCCGAGAUUGGAUUGAUCCUUCCUUCCAGUUUUCUCUUCUCUUCUUCUUCCUUGCCUUCCAUAUCUCUUCUGUUCUUGGGAUACUGACCUGGCUCAUUGUGUUCCACAUGAACGACAAUAGUUUUCUAGCAUUACUUCUAGUUGGAUUUAUCUCGUUCUUCCUGGCCUACGGAAUUGUUUUUAGUGUUCACUUUACUCACAUCAAAACAAACCUUUCUUUUGUACACAGUGUACAUAUCAGUAUGUGUAAACUGUUUGAGAACUUGAACCUUAUCUUCAACAUUAUAUUCUAUCUUCCGGCAGGACACAAACAUGUUUACAGAAAUCAGGAGGCUAAACCCCUUAAACUAUUCUUCACUGAUCAAACAAAGGUUACAACUUCAGGAGGAGGUGAUAACUGUGUCCUUCAGAUGAUAGGAUCACUUUAUGAUUCAAUAGUCCGGACCUGGUUCAGAAAGCUCCUUGAUGUACGUCCUGCUAACCACCUCUAUCCUCCUGAUCCUGAUCCUGGUCUCCAACCUGCAGAACUUUGUCCUCAUCCUCUCAUCCAUAUUCUUCUCACAGCGUCGACAUCUCCAGAGAACAAUGAUUUUUUGCAGAACAUGCUUUCUUGUCUGGACUCAUUCUCCAACAAACAAUCCAGGAUGAUAAUUAUAAUUGAUGGGUUGGAUAGCGUUGAACAGAGAAAAGUUCUUAAAGUUUUGGAUACAGUACAUACACUGUUCUCAGAUCCUGGAUCCAAGUUUAUUAUCUUGUUGGCAAUUGAUCCGCAUGUGAUCACCAAGGCGAUAGAGCUAAAUCUAAACCAGGUAUUCUCUGAGACAUCUAUCGGAGGAAAUGCUUAUCUCAGGAAUAUGGUUCAUCUGCCCUUCUUUCUUCAAAACUCAGGAUUCAGAAAGAUAAAGAUAGCUCAGCAAUUAGCUGCCAAACAGCGAGGAGAGAGUAGGAUGGCCGAUGAUGAAGAGGAUGAAGAAGAAGAAAUUGAAGAUGGAACUAAUUUUGAGAAGAAGUUCGGGUCAACAGAAACAAUGAUAUCCAGGUUCCGAGUUCGGAAAAGUAGUCCGAUAAGUCCUACUCCUAGUGUUGCAACCAACCUGGAUCAGUCCUCAGGACCAAUGGAGGUGAACAGGAUGUUCCUGACGGACGAUUAUUUCUCCGACGUAAACCCCCGGAGUAUGCGGAGACUUAUGAAUGUUAUCUACGUUAUGGGUCGUCUUCUCAAGGCUUUUAACAUUGAGUUUAAUUGGCAUCAUCUGGCCACCUGGACUAAUAUAACGGAACAGUGGCCGUAUAGAACUAGUUGGAUAACAUACUUUGCUGAAUACUGUGAGGAGAAGUUAGAGGAUGAUCUGCCAUUGAACUCAGUUUAUCAAAGGGUGAAAUGUUUAAUUCCCUGUAAACAGGAUGAAGAACCCCUACUUGAAAUGGACAGAGAUGAGAAAAAGUUGGAAGCAUUCUUGAAUAUUCACAAGAAAAGUCUGAGAGUUGCAGAUAUGAAAAUAUUCCUUCCUUUCACAAUAAACCUGGACCCGUACCUUAAAAAGAUUAUUAAAGAAGAGGUCCAUAACAUAGAGGCUCUUGGUAUACCUGUUUUAUCUAUGGAAGCAAACCUGGAAAACUGCUCCCUCCCCGUCCCUCUCCUCCCUCCAGCAAACUCCCUCUCCGUCCCUCACCUCCCUCCACCAAGCUGUGGACAAGGGAUGACAAGGAGGAAAUCUCUGAGUAUGGCUCGACACUAUCCUGCUUCAAUUAGGUUCCCAGGAGCAGCAGAGAGAACUGGACAGGGUCGAACAAAUCUCUCCUCUUCUCCUAUACAGCAAGAAUACAAUCCUUACUCGGAUAUAAGAACCAGCGUUGAACUGUUUGAACUGCGACGUGAGCUUCCUCUAGAGUUUCAAGAUAGAUCCCUAUCAGAGCUUAGUGUUCAGGACGUAUGCAGUCUUAUCAGGCAAAGUCCUGGCUUGAGUGAUAACAGUGCUAUUUACGAAGAUACAAUCCGUCUGAACAAUAUAAACGGGAGGGUUCUUAAUAACUGUGAUAUUUCAGAACUCAGAUCUGUGAUGAAUAUGAGUUUCGGAGACUGGAACCUAUUCCGUGUAGUGUUGACUAGCAUGAGAGAACUAGAUCUGAAACCUUCAUCUCCUAGCUCUUCUCAACUAGAAACCACGGAGAAUCCGUCUCCUCCUGUUCUGAAAAAGAAUAUUCAGUCAAUACUCAGCACUGGAAGAUAUGGAAGAUAUAGAACUAAUCAGGAUUCUGUACAAAAACAGGUUGAACUCGAGGAGGAAGCAGUUUCAGGCCUUCUCUCUUUAAUCAACGUUAAUGCUAGAGAAGAUUUAGAAAAGAAACAGGAUACAUCAGCUCAGAGUAUAAUAGCUACUGCUAUUGCUUCUCCAGAUGAGAAUAUACAAGCUGAGGCUAAGAAAGAGAUGGACAAACUUGAGGUGAGUCAUCUGUACUACUCCAGCCAGUGUAGAAGUGUGCAGGAUCUGCAACCUUUAUCAGGAUCUAAACGAAACCAGGACAGGUUGGAGUCAAAUAUAGAACCACUCCGGAGUAGUUUUAAGAGAUCAAACAGCAGAUCAAAUACAGACGAUCUAGAAGCAGGAAAUAGAUCCAAAAGGAAUGUAUCACGUGGUUCGUUUAAAGAAGUAAAUUUUGAGAUGAAAUCCUACUCCACGGGACAAAGAGUAUCUGUUAACAACGAGAAGUUUACGAAGGAGAAGGUUGUAAUGAAGGAGGGGGAGAAGGUUGUGAUGAAUCAUGAGGAGAAGGUUGUGAUUAAGGACAAGGAGAAGGUUGUGCAGAAGGACGAGGAAAAUGUUGGGAAAAAUAAUGAGAAUGAGGAGGAGGGACCAUAUGAUUGGUUGUCAAGGAUGAAAGAUCUCCCCUAUUCUAGAAGAUACAGAUCAACUUCUGAGGGUCCAGAGCAGACAGCGGAAAAAUCUGGAACCAUACUCUCAGUUUCAAAAUCUGCCGCUAGAUUUACAGACGGGAAAGAGUUGGGAUACAGCUACAAUAUAGACAGCUUUCCUGGGAGUAAAAUUGAAGGGAGUAAUCUGAGCCUGGAGGGGAGUAAACACAGUCUGUUUGGGAGUAAACCAAGUAUAGGAGGGAGUAGAGCAAGUAUAUCUGAAUCAGGGAGGGAGACCUGGAGAAGUAUGAAAAAGAAAUUGAACACAACAUUCAAGAUUGAAGAGAAAUCAGAUUCGGACGAGGAUUCGGACACAUAAACACUUUAGUUGUUUUGGACUCAAGCACUCUCAUUUUUGUCAUUAUAACCUUGACAUUUAUAGACUUUUAUGAAAGUACCAUUUACCAUCUUAAAAUUCAAUGACAUAAUUUGGCAAAACUAAAAAAUUUUCUUUUAACAGUUUUCCGAUAUUUUUUGCCACUUUUAAGCAAAAUUUUCAAGGUCAAAUGUCUUUUUCAUGAGCUGGUCUUGAAUCAAUAUGUUUUCGCGAUUGACAGAGAGCAGAUUUGGUUUGGCUUUAAACCUAAUCUUUCGCAAAACAAAAAAUAAAGAUUAAUGCUUUCCUAGGGGAUCAGCAAUAAUCUGAAAGAUUAUUCUGGUUUCUCUUGUUAUUUUCUUGUAAAAAUUUGAAUUUUAAAAUGUAAAUAAAAGUGUUUUUUAUU